AUGGGCAACAUCAGCAGCAGGCUGGACGAUGGCGCCCUGCUAUACUUAAAGGAUCAAGCGCGCUUCUCCAUCAGUUCCAUCGUCGUCAGCAAUGGCCGACGGAGAGGUUUUUUGAGUCUCGCGCCCAACGCAUAUCCAGCCCUGCGUCUAGUUGGAAAACCAGAUGCCACCGACUACAGACCCAUUUCCUAUAUUCAGGACCCUGAUUCUGCCACCCUUUCUUUCCUUCCUAGGCUGGAUCUUGAAGAUGAACUCGAAAUCCACUUCACUUUUAUAACGCGACAGAACUCCGGGCCCCUGCCUGCGACGCCCUCGACCUCCACCGCUGCUGUCGACGCAACAAUUACCGGGUUGACUUUUGCCUACGCUCAGAAUGCCAAAGAGCUGGACACCCUUGUAACACGCGAAUUUCACGCCGACCCAAAUCUGCACAAGAAUUCCAACGUCCAGUUUAUCGGCGACUUCGGGACGCAUGGGAGUCCUGCAGUCACUUACGAAUGGACAUGGCAUUGGAAACCCCCAAAGGCUCAAGAGGACAAAGGUGGAGGUUGGCGCAAUUGCUGCAGUUUCCUCGAGUAUGAUUCUAGAGCGCACAGACUUAAUACCCUCGCGUCUUUUUCAUUCUGGGUCCAGAACGCGACCUUCCCAAACGGGAUGCCACUAGCUUCUCCAGGUCUGGAAAUACCGAUACCCCUCCAUAGGCACAGGAUGCCCUCGUCGCAAUCAUAUCAGUCCGCGGUCAGCGACUCAGAGGGCCCUGCAGAGCCGCAAGUGCCGGCUUCGCCGCAGAUGCGGGCCAAAGACUACAGUUUUAGUGCGCCAACCACGGCGCCUUCGCUUCCGGUCAUCGACGUCCAGUGUGCAAGGCCCGGAGAGGACGUCAGCACAGUUGAGGACGGUCCGGUCUUUAGAGCCACCAUGAAGGCGCUAGAGCAGAAGACGGGGACUAUGAAGGUCCAAAUCAAAAAGGUGCUGAAGAAAGCCGAAGCAGCGCAGCAGGCUCAAGUGGAGUGCAACCAGGCCAUGUCCGAAUUCUUGAGAGCGCUCCAGGAGGCCUCCAUGUCCAAUGCAACAGCUUUCAAACCCGCUCUCGACCAUUAUUUCCUGAAUAUCGCUCAGCAGAUACUGAAAUAUGAGAAGGGAAACAGCACGUUAUUGCAGAAACAAAUCAUCGAUCCCAUUUCGAAGCUGUACAAUCUGGACAUCAAACAAGUGGAGGCGAAGAAGAAAGACUUUGACGACGAGAGUCGAGACUAUUACGCCUAUGUGGGCCGGUAUCUUGGUCAGAGGCAAGACUCUUUGAAGGACAAGAAACGUGCAGAGAGUGAUUCCAAAUAUCAGACGAAGAGGAAGAACUUCGAGCUCAAGCGAUUCGACUAUUCGACUUUCAUGCAAGACCUUCAUGGCGGGCGCAAGGAGCAGGAACUCCUCUCACAGCUCACGAAAUAUGCUGACGGCCAGGCGAAAGCUUUCCUCGCGACUGCGAAAAAGGUGGAAAGCCUGACCCCGCAGUUGGACGCUCUCAUAAAAGAGGUCUCUGAAGCUGACAAGGAAUACAACCUACAAAGGACAGAAAGAGAGGAAAAGAGACGGAAUCUCGAGAAGAAUGGGCCAACCUCUGUCGAUUCCGAUCUGCAUCACCAUCCUCCAGCCAUGUCGACCCAAGUGGGAACGCAAAAUGGUCACACCGGAUAUACCUCAGACACUGACCUUAGCAGGGCCGAUAGCACAAGCUCUCAGUUCGGCCAUGCAUCGAACAAAACCCUGUCGCCGACCACCAACUCAACGGUGCCAGUGGCCGGUGUCCUCUCGGUAUCCACAACCGACAAAUCUACCGUUGGCCAAUAUCGGAAAGAAGGACUUUUGUGGGCAUUGAGCAAGCCUAAUUCACAUAUUGAUCCCAAAGGAGCCUGGCACAAGUUCUGGAUCGUUCUUGAUCAAGGGAAGCUCUCAGAAUACAGCAACUGGAAGGACAAGUUGGAUCUGCAUCGCGAGCCAAUUGACCUUCGUAUGGCUUCAGUCCGUAUUGCUCGGGAUGCCGAGCGCCGAUUUUGCUUUGAGGUCAUCACACCCCAGUACAAGCGAGUUUAUCAAGCUACGACUGAAGACGAGAUGAAUAACUGGAUCAAUGCAAUCAAUAAUGCGCUCCAGAGCGCUGUGGAGGCCGGCGGGCAAGUGCCUCAGCAAGGUCGAAAAGAGCACGCCGGACGUGAAUUUGGACAUAUGCUCACAGGCAAGAGCUCGUCACAGUCUGGCCCGCAUGGCUAUUCCCAGCGAAGUGACGCGGGCGGAGUGUCACGGCGCAUUACCGUCGGUGCUAGGCCCACCUACACCAGGACCAGCAGCAAUAGCUACGAAGAAAACCCAUCAAAGCUGCUCGAUCUGAUCAGAAACAACGACCAAGGCAACCAGUACUGUGCAGAUUGUGGCUCGACUUCCAAGGUCGAAUGGGUAUCUCUGAAUCUUGGGAUCAUAUUGUGCAUUGAAUGUGGCGGAAUCCAUCGCUCUCUGGGCACUCAUGUCUCCAAGAUUCGAUCACUCACCUUGGAUGUGCACUCCUUCACCAACGAUAUUGUCGAACUUCUCAUGCUUGUUGGCAACCGAAUCAGCAACAUGGUCUGGGAGGCACGGCUCGAUCGCUCUCUCAAGCCCGAUCCGAGUGCCUCUCGAGACCAACGAUUGAAGUUCAUUACGGCCAAAUAUGUCGAGCGGGCUUACGUUGAGCCUGUGUCUCAAUACGGAUCUGCUGACGACACAUUACUGACAUCCAUCAAGAAACAUGAUAUUCAUGGAGUCCUUCAGGCCGUUGCUCAACGGGCAAAUGUCAAUGCCCAUGACCGUUCUCGGAAUACUCAUGCGGUAUUUCUGGCUCUCACUGCUGCCGAUCCAGCUCGUCCAGUCUCGUCUCACUCGAACGCUCCAUCGGGAGCCGUCAAAGCGUUUCCAAUGGCCGAGCUGUUGGUGCAGAAUGGUGCAGAGAUCCCUACCGAGCCCCCGGCUAUCCCCCUAUCGUCCGCUGCGCAGUUGUACGUUGACCAGAGAACAGCGCGAGCAGCACCUAGUCACGGCACCCACGCGGACACCUUAGGACCUUUGCCCAUGGUGCACAGGAUUUCACCAAUGUCAUCUUCCUCGGACGGAUCCAACAAGUUGCAAAAACGCGGUAGUGCCGGCGCAAGAUUCGCAGGAAAAGUGGCCAGCUUGGGGGAACGAUAG